AUGCAGACGAACGAUCUUCACUUCACCGUAUCAGAAAAUGGUGUGGAGGACCCAAACUACCACGACUCCCCAGCAGCUCCAGGAACACCUGGUGCCAAUCAGAAUUGGGGCCGUCUAUCACAAUCAUCACAUCCAUUUGUGAUCAUUUUUCAUCUUCUAUUCAAGUCCCUGGCCCUGCUUAUGUAUUUGUUUGGAGGAUGGUUCUCAAAAUCUAAGAAUGGUGGAAAUCAUGGCGCCAAUUUUAUUGUUGUCACCGUCAUUUGUAUUUUCUUGUUAUCGGCUGAUUUCUGGACUGUCAAGAAUGUGACAGGUCGACUUUUGGUUGGACUUCGUUGGUGGAAUAAAGUGGAGAAUGACGAAACAAGGUGGAUCUUUGAGAGUGCAAAAGAUCGACAAAUUAAUGCUUUCGACAAGAGUGUAUUUUGGACAGUUUUGUAUGCUGCCCCUGUGGUCUGGGGAGUCUUGGCCUUCUUCGCAAUCCUCAGACUUCAGUUUUCAUGGCUGAUAAUUUGUGCCACCGCACUUGCGCUGUCGGGGUCCAAUGUCUACGGCUAUUACAAGUGUAGUUCAGAACAAAAGGCCAAAUUUGAGCAAUAUAUGCAAGAUGGCGCCCGAGCUGGAACCAUGGCUAUGUUUCAAAACGGCGCCACCACGGUGCAAAACAGUGUGAUGGGAUUCGUUACACGGACGGCAGCGGGUGGCGGCUCUCAGCAACAAAAUCAACAGCCGACAUCAGGUACAUUCACUUAA